ACCGGUUAAUUGAGGGGCAGCGCCUGGGAGCGGUGGUCGCCGCGGCCGCGCCCCGCUUCCGUCUGCGAGGACCCGCCGCGGCACAGCUGGGCUCGGCCCGGCCUUGCGCUAAGAGAAAAUGACAGCCAUCAAGCAUGCAUUACAAAGAGACAUUUUUACACCAAAUGAUGAACGUCUGCUGAGCAUUGUGAAUGUCUGCAAAGCAGGGAAAAAGAAAAAGAACUGCUUUUUGUGUGCUACAGUGACAACAGAGCGCCCUGUGCAGGUGAAGGUGGUCAAAGUGAAGAAAUCAGAUAAGGGAGAUUUCUACAAAAGGCAGAUUGCCUGGGCCCUUCGAGACCUUGCUGUGGUGGAUGCCAAAGAUGCUAUCAAAGAGAAUCCUGAAUUUGAUUUACAUUUUGAAAAAAUAUACAAAUGGGUUGCCAGCAGCACUGCUGAAAAGAACGCAUUUAUUUCAUGCAUUUGGAAGUUGAAUCAGCGAUAUCUCCGGAAGAAAAUUGAUUUUGUCAAUGUUAGUUCACAGCUUUUGGAAGAAUCUGUUCCAAGUGGAGAAAAUCAGAGCGUAACAGGAGGUGAUGAAGAAGCAGUAGAUGAAUACCAAGAGUUGAAUGCAAGAGAAGAGCAGGACAUUGAGAUAAUGAUGGAGGGCUGUGAAUAUGCAAUCUCGAAUGCCGAGGCCUUUGCCGAAAAGUUGUCCAGAGAGCUGCAGGUGCUAGAUGGGGCCAACAUCCAGUCAAUCAUGGCCUCUGAAAAACAAGUGAACAUCCUGAUGAAGUUGCUGGAUGAGGCUCUCAAGGAGGUGGACCAGAUUGAAUUGAAACUGAGCAGUUACGAGGAAAUGCUCCAAAGCGUGAAAGAACAGAUGGAUCAGAUUUCCGAAAGCAACCACCUGAUCCACCUUAGUAACACGAAUAAUGUAAAACUCCUGUCUGAGAUAGAGUUCCUGGUGAACCACAUGGACUUGGCCAAAGGUCACAUAAAGGCCCUUCAGGAGGGAGAUCUUGCUUCUUCCAGAGGCAUUGAGGCCUGCACCAAUGCUGCUGAUGCCCUUCUGCAGUGCAUGAACGUGGCUCUUCACCCAGGCCAUGACCUGCUUCUGGCAGUGCAGCAGCAGCAGCAGCGCUUCGGCGAUCUGAGAGAGCAUUUUGCCCGGAGACUGGCCAGUCACCUCAACAAUGUGUUUGUUCAGCAGGGUCAUGAUCAGAGUUCAACUCUUGCUCAGCACUCCAUUGAACUGACUUUACCCAAUCAUCACCCAUUUCAUAGAGACUUGCUCCGCUACGCCAAGCUGAUGGAGUGGCUAAAGAGUACAGAUUAUGGAAAAUAUGAAGGACUAACAAAGAAUUACAUGGAUUAUUUGUCCCGACUGUAUGAAAGAGAGAUCAAAGAUUUCUUUGAAGUUGCAAAGAUCAAGAUGACUGGCACAACUAAAGAAAGCAAGAAGUUUGCUACACUGCCUCGAAAAGAAAGUGCUGGCAAACAGGAAACAGAGAGUCUUCAUGGAAGUUCUGGGAAAUUAACUGGAUCUACUUCUAGUCUAAAUAAGCUCAGCGUUCAGAGUUCAGGGAAUCGCAGAUCUCAGUCAUCGUCUCUGUUGGAUAUGGGGAACAUGUCUGCCUCUGACCUCGAUGUUGCUGACAGAACCAAGUUUGAUAAGAUCUUUGAACAGGUACUCAGUGAACUGGAGCCCCUGUGUUUGGCUGAACAGGAUUUCAUUAGUAAAUUUUUCAAACUGCAGCAACAUCAGAGUAUACCUGGAGCUAUGGCUGAAACAGAGGACCUGGAUGGAGGAACAUUGUCACGACAGCAGCCUUCUGGUACACCGUUGCCCAUUUCAUCUGACAAAGAUAUGAUCCGCCAAAUGAUGAUUAAAAUAUUUCGCUGCAUUGAGCCAGAACUGAACAACCUAAUUGCGUUAGGAGACAAAAUCGAUAGCUUUAACUCCCUCUACAUGCUGGUGAAAAUGAGUCAUCACGUGUGGACCGCGCAGAACGUGGACCCGGCUUCCUUCCUGAGUACGACAUUGGGAAACGUCUUGGUGACUGUCAAAAGGAACUUUGACAAAUGCAUUAGUAACCAAAUAAGACAAAUGGAAGAAGUAAAAAUCUCAAAGAAGAGUAAAGUUGGAAUUCUUCCAUUUGUUGCUGAAUUUGAAGAAUUUGCUGGACUUGCAGAAUCAAUCUUUAAGAAUGCUGAGCGGCGUGGAGAUCUAGAUAAAGCGUAUACAAAACUUAUCAGAGGAGUGUUUGUUAAUGUGGAGAAAGUAGCAAAUGAGAGCCAGAAGACCCCCAGGGAUGUGGUCAUGAUGGAAAACUUUCACCAUAUUUUUGCAACUCUUUCUCGUUUGAAAAUCUCAUGUCUAGAAGCUGAAAAAAAAGAAGCCAAACAAAAAUACACAGAUCACCUUCAGUCGUACGUCAUUUACUCUUUAGGACAACCUCUUGAAAAACUGAAUCACUUCUUUGAAGGCGUCGAAGCCCGAGUAGCACAGGGCAUAAGAGAAGAGGAAGUAAGCUACCAACUUGCGUUUAACAAGCAGGAGCUUCGCAAAGUCAUCAGAGAGUACCCUGGGAAGGAGGUGAAGAAGGGCCUGGACAACCUGUACAAGAAAGUUGAUAAGCACCUGUGUGAGGAGGAGAACUUACUGCAGGUGGUGUGGCACUCCAUGCAGGAUGAGUUCAUACGCCAGUACAAGCACUUCGAAGGCUUGAUUGCUCGCUGUUACCCUGGGUCAGGUGUCACCAUGGAAUUCACUAUCCAGGACAUUCUCGAUUAUUGCUCCAGCAUUGCCCAGUCCCACUAGACCUCUGGGAAGAAGGAGCACUCGGAGUACGCCAGACGCACUGUCACAGCAGUGAGCAACUGAGCUGGGAGCCCGAACACUCGGAGUACGCCAGACGCACUGUCACAGCAGUGAGCAACUGAGCUGGGAGCCCGAACAUAGAAUGUUAGUAUUAUUAAAUGUCCGCUCAGUGGGUAUGUUUCUACAGUGUUGGAAGUGCAAAGGUACCAACCCAAAUGGCACUUUUAAUUGCCUAGUAGGUUGUGUGCUAACUUAAAGCAUUUAUCUCUUCAUAAAAUGCUUUUAGCAUUUUCCAGCGACUGAAGGGAGUUUUUCUCUGUUGCCUAGCUUCGUGAGGUGGAGAGUGGUUAUCCUGUACGCAGUGCAUCAGGAGUUCUUCAGUGUUCCCCAUUUCUCUGUUGCUUAUAGAUCAUGUAAAUACUAACAUAUUGUACAGAAGUUCCUUCCCACUCCAGCGAGCGUGGCAAGGGAGCUUAUAUGGUUGUCAGUGGUAAACUCAUUUUGAGGACUAUGUGACUGUGUAGUAACAAAUCUAAAAUAAAGAAAUUUUCAAAGAAG